CAAAAAAUCCCCAAUCCAACACCAGCGGAAGUGCCUGCUGAAAUGCCUCCGACGGCAGGCGAAACCCAAGGGGAAGAUGGCGGGUCUGCUUCUGUAUCGCAGCGCAUCAUCAAAAUUGGCAAAAUUCCCGACGAUGGUGACAAAAAGGCUUCAAACAGGAGACUUAAGGAUGUAGAAAUUUGUGUUCCAAUAGUGUGUGGAACAAUUGCUUUCUAUCUUGGUCGAAAGGCUAGCGAGUCGCAGUCGCAUAAGUGGACUGUCUAUGUACGAGGGGCAACCAAUGAGGAUCUUGGAGUGGUGAUAAAGAAAGUUGUGUUUCAACUGCAUCCCAGUUUCAAUAAUCCUACAAGAGUGGUUGAAUCACCUCCUUUUGAGUUGUCAGAGUGCGGUUGGGGUGAAUUUGACAUUGGAAUUAGCCUUUUCUUCCACAGUGAUGUCUGUGAGAAGCAGUUGGAUUUGUACCACCAUCUGAAGCUGUAUCCAGAAGAUGAAUCUGGUCCUCAGUCGACCAAGAAGCCUGUUGUUGUGGAGUCUUACAAUGAGAUUGUUUUUCCUGAACCUUCUGAGGGUUUCUUUGCCCGUGUGCAAAAUCAUCCAGCUGUUGUUGUUCCCCGGCUGCCUACAGAUUUUAACUUGCCUGCUCCUGUACCAGUUGAAAAUAUAAAUGAAAGGGGAAGAGGUGAUACCAAAGAUCAUCCACUCAGUCAGUGGUUCUUGAACUUUUCAGAGGCAGAUGAACUCCUGAAACUUGCAGCAGCUCGUCAGCAGGUGCAAGCUCAUAUUAUUAAGUUGAGAAGGCAAUUGAGCAUGAUUGAUGGGAUGACUCAACCAUUGAAACCGGCCUCCAGUUAUGAAUACACUUGAUCAUGUAUGAUGCUUCUGAAGUUGAUUCCUCAAGUAUAAACUGUGGAAGACGAUUGAACCAUGACACAAUGAGAUGUAGAGAUGUAAUUGGUUCAGCUUUAGAUGAUAUAUAAUUGGUUGUCUAACUUUUUGACAAUGCAUGGUUGGUUGUCUAGCGUUCCGUCAAACCUAGAUAAGAUGAGUACAUAUGAUAUGAAGCUCUUCUUUUAAUGAAGAAGCAUGGAAAACAGCUGAAAAUGAAAAUUGGUUGUCUAAUAUGCUUUUGGCAUUUCUU